UCAACUCUUAAGAAGAACACUGCUUUUGUGAAGAAGAUUCGGAACUUAACGGAGAGUUCCAAAGAAUCCCUUCUAAAGGAUUUCGAGGGACUAAAUUUGUCAAAGUACGUGGCAGAAGUAGCUACUGCCAUAACAGAACCAAAAGUGAAAAUGACAGACAUUCCAUUUAUGCUGCGUCUUUGCUCAUUAAUGCACCGUCGGUAUUCCGACUUUUCCAGCCUCCUUUUCGACGCCUGGAAAAAAGUAUUUUCGCAGCAAAAGACGGAAAAAGCUCCAAACCUGUCCAAGUUGCGUGUGGAUUUGGUUUUCUUUGCUGACUCAAUUACCACUGGCGUUCUACCCGAGAACGACAGUGUUCGACUUCUCGCUCUCCAACUCACUCAACUUACUAAUGGGGAUAAGAACUUUGUAAACAUUGGUAUUGUCUCUAGCUUCGUCAAGGCAUGUGGAGAUGACUGGGCUGGUCUCAUCCCUCGGAAAUACACAUCCCUUGCAAAGACUUACGGCGUCACUAUACACCGUUCGGCAUUUCUGCCGAAGGAGCGAAAGACGAAAUGUCGUGGUCUAUUUCAUGACUAUUACACAGCAGCAUUGGAGCGUCUUACUAGUAUGGCAAAAGAGGCGCGCCGAGUUAUUGCUUCUAACCGUCACCAGAUGUUUACCAAAGGCGAGGUCCACCCGGAACGUCAUGAGAAGGAGGAGCAGCUAGUAGCUGCUUGUAAAAAGUUUUACGAGGCGGUAUCCGUCCUUGCUGAUGUUGUGGAUAAGGAUGCCCCACCUGCCGUGGCGACACUUCUGGCUGUUGAGGAGGAUGAGAACAAUGGGUUGAAGGCGGAAGGUCAGCUACAAGCCUCUGAGGUAAGGUUAUUUGUCGUUAAUAAUCAUCUGGGUUUCAGUUUGGAUACCUUUUUUAGCAUCACAUAA